AUUAACUGGUUCCUGAAAGCCUCUAGCCUGCCUCCGCUGUUGUAGCUAGACUGGUUCCUUUGAGGACGUGACUUGCCCUCCGUUCUGAAACUGGUGGAUAACUGUCUCCCUCCCCCAGGGCUGGCCCUGCUGGGCUUCCUGGUGCUGGUGCCGAUGACCAUGCCCUGGGGCCAGCUGGGCAAGGACGGCUGGCUGGGGGGCACGCACUGUGUGGCCUGCCUGGCACCCCCUGCGGGCUCUGUGCUUUAUCACCUCUUCAUGUGCCACCAAGGGGGCAGCCCUGUAUAUGCCCGGCUCCUCGCCCUGGACAUGUGUGGGGUCUGCCUUGUCAACACCCUGGGGGCCCUGCCCAUCAUCCACUGUACCCUGGCCUGCAGGCCCUGGCUGCGCCCAGCCGCCCUGGUGGGCUACACUGUGCUAUCGGGUGUGGCCGGCUGGCGCGCCCUCACAGCCCCCUCCACCAGUGCCCGGCUCCGAGCCUUUGGCUGGCAGGCUGGUGCCCGGCUCCUGGUGUUUGGGGCCCGGGGAGCGGGGCUGGGCUCAGGGGCCCCAGGCUCCCUGCCCUGCUACCUGCGCAUGGAUGCGCUGGCGCUGCUCGGGGGGCUGGUGAACGUUGCCCGCCUGCCCGAGCGCUGGGGCCCCGGCCGCUUCGACUACUGGGGCAACUCCCACCAGAUCAUGCACCUGCUCAGUGUGGGCUCCAUCCUCCAGCUGCACGCUGGCGUCGUGCCUGACCUGCUCUGGACUGCCCGCCACGCCUGUCCCCUGGACUGAGCUACCUGCCGCACCGGCCUGCCACAGCCUCCCAGGGCCAGCACCACCCGCUUUCCUCCCACUGGGCUGAACAGGGCCGGCUCCCUGGAUGUUGCCGGCGCCCGGGAAGUCUCGUCUGGAAGCCCUCGUCUGUUCGUCAUUUCUUCCCUAUAGACUAAACUCUUCUCCCACCAUGGAGCUCCAUGUCGCCCUCCCUGCCUUCUCCCUCUUGGCUGCUGUUUUACUGUGCCAGCUAGAAGGAAGCCUUUCCCUCUGGGCCUGUUUACCCUGUCACUGUGAGGG